CUCCAGGGAAUCAGACUGAGUGUUUAUUAACUGAGAAAGUGCUCCAAGUUGAGAGAGCACGUCAGCAAUCUCAGAUUGAUUAGUCUUCCGUUGUUUGGCGGCAGGAGAUUUGCAUGGCGUGUCUAAAAGUGAAGGAAAUUCCUCCUCACACAACAUGAACUCGUCAGAAAUUGCAUCUACCGGCAAGUCUGUCUUGACAUAAUCAUGCAGGUUCUCUGUCGCAAGAUUAUUAGAGCCUUGCAGCGUUUCAUGAUUGGUUUUGGUAGCAGGACUAGUGGUAGCCUGUGAAGCGCUCUUUGUUUUCCUUUUUUCGGACUUGCCCAUUAUGUCACUCUUUACUAGAAGAACAUUUGUUUAGAAAUUGCUAUUUGAAGUUAAAAGAAAGUAAUUUAGACUUAUUCUGACGGCACUAAAAGUAAAUUUCACCGUUUGAGUUUGCAGAGCACAUCAACUCACAUGUUUCUAGAGCGCCAUCUUGAACCGCCCCCCCAACAGAAACAUUCUUCUUUAAAACAUCUCUCUUUGUAAUGACGAGGAGAGCUUAGCUUAUGAAUAUUAACGAGGUCGUUGAGUUGUCUUGGUAACCUCCGAACGUUCAACAAUUAAUAUUCAUGAGCUAGGCUUUCCGCCAAUGCAUGGUUCUUCUAAUUGGCUAGCUUUCUAGGGGCCGUCUCUCUUUCAGCAAAUCGGUAAGGACUGUUGGGUAAACGUCACGAGACGUAAUUAAUAUUAGUGUUGUUUGGUCACGUGACGGACGUCCCAUCUGUCAUUCCAGAGCUCGAGGUGGGAUCGUAACUGAUACCUGAAUCCCGGCCAGCAUGAUAUUUUAUGUUAAUUUCUAAGGGACCGCUUCUGUUUUAUUUAUUUUGCUCUAAUUCUGAAUUGACUCAUUAUUAACAUAAACAUUAACAGGAUAUUAGAUCUCUUGUGUCUCUUGCUGAAAAUAGGUUAUGGGUGUUGUGGACCCUGACUAUUUGGGUAAGUCGGGUUGCUUUUUAUAUACAAAUUCACAUUUUGUUCAGAUUGUAAUGAAACUUUUCAAAAAAAUUUAUUCAUGUGUAAUGAAAGCAGGACAAGUCAAAAAAAUAAAUAAUUUAAUAAAUAAAUAAAAAUAACACCUCACCUAUUACUUACUCUCCCGCUUACCUGGAUUAGUCAUAUUGUUUCCUCUGACAGUCAGCAGCGGGACAGGUCAGUUACGUCACCUCAAUGACGUGUACAGGGUAUAUCAAACAGGUUUAUAAUAUAAUAUAAUAUAAUAUAAUACAAUAUAAUAUAAUAUAAUAUAAUAUAAUACAGGUGACGUGAGUAAUUGAGAACAAUAUUAACAACAACAGAUGAAAUCUACAGAGUAAUGCUAAAAAGGUUAAUUCUUGAGAAUAUUAUUAAACACAUGUACUCUACUGUACUUUUUACACACAUGUAUUCUAAAGCAGUGGUUCUCCAUCCUGGUCUGCAGUAGCACUGCUCACAGUCGACGAAGUGUGUGUUAGACAAUAGAGACAAAAUGAGCACGACCACGCUUGACAGUCACUGUUCUACAGAAUAUUAUUCAUAUUGCUAAGCGCAGGUGAAUUCUAUAGAAUAUUAUUACACAGGUCUAUAAAGAAUAUUCUGGAGAUUAUUAUUCUGGUGUUCUGGUGUAUUCUAGUGUUGCCCAUAACACUAUCAACCACAUGGUUUAGCUGCAUGUGUUGUGCACGUGGCUUCUCAAGGACAGGUGACUGUAGUAUUAAGUUGUUUACAACAGAUUGAGCUCAGAUCUCACGUCAUCUGUUUUAAAUCUUAGUGUCUAAUAUUUGUCUGUUAGACCUUAGACGUCUUAACAGCACUAACCAUCUUAACAUUAAUAUCUAUCAAUUCUGUGUCCCGUGUGCUUAUACUUGUCUUUUUGCAUAAGAGUCUAUCAUCUUGAUGUGUCCUUUUUUUCCUCCGUCAUUCUUCUUUAUAAAAGAGCUCCAGGUGGAUUUUUUCCCCCUUUUUCCUGAAGGUUUCUUGCCUUUGCAACCAUGCAGCAUGUCGUAGAUGCAGAUGCUGCCCACAGAUCAAGGGGUCUAUUGUAACCCGAAUCAUGUAUGCCUUCAUCCUUUUGCUUGGUACCAUCAUUGCCUGUGUCAUGUUGUCACCUGGUGUUGAACAACAGCUUAAAAGAAUCCCUGGCUUUUGUCACGGAGGAGCAGGAUCCGGUACACCAGGAAUUGAGGCGGAUGUUCAGUGUGAGAUUUUUGUCGGUUAUAAGGCUGCAAUGGUUGCUGUCUCUGUUGGUGCCUUCUAUAUUCCAGAGGUGCCUUUUACCCAAACCUUGCUGUCGGUAACAGGAGUGAACUAUAUUCUGUCUUUCACGGCUGCUGUUCUCUGCUAUAACAUCUACGCUCAGCCAGAAGGAUGCAUGCUAAACAAGUUCUUCAUCAGCUUCAACAUGUUAUUAUGUGUCAUAGCUUCUGCUCUGUCUGUACUGCCCAGAAUACAGGAAUACCAGCCCAGAUCUGGUCUUCUUCAGUCAUCCAUUAUGACUUUGUACACCAUGUACUUCACCUGGUCAGCCAUGACCAAUGAGCCAGACCGCACAUGCAACCCGAGUCUGAUCAGCAUCUUCCAGCAGAUCACGUCCUCCACAGUCACCCCACUGGAGAUCGAGAACCAGACGGCCGUCAUCAUUGUAGACAUAGAGGAAAAUGUGCCAUCUGCCCCAUAUUUGCAGUGGUGGGACGCUCAAAGCAUCGUCGGAUUGGCCAUAUUUGUUCUCUGCAUUUUGUAUUCAAGUAUACGCUCUUCCAAUACCAGUCAAGUUAAUAAACUAACCUUGGCAGCUAAAGAUACCACAGUCGUGGAUGAAAGCUGCACGGUAAGUCCUGAGACAGCAGAAGAGGUCACAGCACCAACUGUGGAGGACAACAAAAGAGACACUGUUCAGUACAGCUACGCUUUCUUUCACUUCAUGCUGUUCCUGGCGUCUCUUUACAUCAUGAUGACUCUCACCAACUGGUACAGUCCUGAUGCAGACUACAGUGCCAUGACGAGCAAGUGGCCGGCAGUGUGGGUGAAAAUCUCCUCCAGCUGGGUCUGUCUCUCAUUAUACAGCUGGAGUCUGGUUGCUCCUAUGAUCCUCACCAACAGAGACUUCACCUAGAUGCAUUUCUGCAGAACACCUCUAAAAAUCAGGGUUCUCUUCCAUCACUUCCAAGAUCUUUUUUUUUGUAAGAGUGUAAUGUCUUACAGCCUUGAUGCUCUUAUGAAAAUAAUGUUUGGUUUUUGUUUAUAUUUAUUGGGAGAUUUAAUGUUUUUAUGGGUUUUAUUUUUGGACCAUUUUGCCUAAUAGCCUCAGGAUGUUCUCUGUGCCAUCAGCAGGAAUGACAAUGUAUUUUAUAACGGAGUGUUUGUACUUUUAAUUCAUGCUGAAAUAAAGUGUUUUAUUUCUGUU